UGAAGAUUGCCUUAGCAUGGAACUCCUCGGCAUUCUAGAUUGUCCGUUCAUCACAGAUUCCUUGUGUCUCCUCCAGAAUGCAGAAGAGAGCAAUUAAGAUAUUUUCAAAGUAGAAAGUCUCCCUAUCAAGUAAUUUCACUUUCUUCCCUGCAGUUUCCUGAUGUCCUUAAAGCCUGUGCUACACACAAGCAACACAAGCCUUGUAACUUCCAAUUUGAUAGCUCCUUCUUACUUUCACUUCAAUAUAUACUUGAACUGGACAAUUCCAGGAGAGCUAAAGGAUCAAGAACCAGGAGGGGCAUACAAGGUGCACUAAGGAAAGAAUCGAUUGAAUUGAAUCCCUGCAGAAUGUGGACUAUGCAGAAACACUGAGUUUGGGUUUGCACAAUAGCAGUGAACAGCAAUGGGCCCAAAGAAACAUGCCAAGUUUCAAAAGGACGAAACCUCAGAAAACACCACAGUUAAACUUGACAAAGGAAUAGUUACUGAUGAUGAUGUGAUUUUUGAUGCAGUUGGCCAAUCAAAAUUUGUCCUAGAGAACCUUCGCUACUACACGACACAUCCAGAUUUGGCCCAGUACUAUGAGCCUUUGAAGCCCACUAAACUGCAUAAAUUCCUGGAUCAGAACAGGAAAAUCACUAGCUUCAUGUUAAAAGUAACUGAGUAUGAUCAGGAUAUGACCUUACUGAUUAUGACCAACAACCCACCUCCUUGCUCAAUCUGCCAACAGGAAAAGGACAGUGCUCCAAAAUACUUUUCGGACGACUUACUGUUCAAGGAAAGUCAUCAGCACAAGCCCACCAAGAACUUUUGCCCUUCCGUGAUGCCUCAGAAAAAAAAGUUGAGAUCUGGGCUGAAACCAGUCUUCCAUUUGAAAAAUUUUCAUGAUCCUAAAUCCAAGGAAAAACAAUGGUUUAGGUUUUCCACUGACAAUGACUUUAAGACUGAAGGACAGUAUUCGAAAAACUAUGCUUUGAGGAAACAGAAAAAAAUGUACCCACAGCUUAACUUUGCUCCUGCCUAUGAAAGAGACGAGAUGAAAGAUGCUUCCAAGAAGUCAGUGAGUGAAUCGCCGACUUCCCAGUUGCUCCAGGAACCACUCACACUUUCAUCGCUUCUGAAAGAGAAGCCCACCCGGAACGCGCCGGGGGAAAACUCCUUCCGCAACGGAAGGGCCCAGCAGUGGAUAAUCGAAAAUGCCACUCUUGUUAAGUGAAAACAAACGCCUCAGGGCUCUCGCCUCGCUCUCGGCGGCUGAGGGCCCUGUAGAAGCCGACAAAUAAAAUCAGUUCGCAGCAGUC